UCCUUAUCGGGAUCAACGUUAUUGAAGCAGAAAGCAAUUAAUCAUCGUGCAUAAAAAAUAUGCAUGACAACGGUGGUUAAAAGCACGUGGAUAAGAGCGACAGGUUGUAUAAAAGAAGGCGCCAAUUCCACUCAUCGCCUGCAGAUUUGGUGUGCCGUGACUGCAAAAAAUGGCAAUUCCAGUGAGGAGGUCUCUUUAGAAACUGCCCAUGAUUUACUGUGCGCCAAAUUGAUUAGGUCUGUGCAUAUUUCCGAUAUUAUAGAUCAGUAGAUUACAGACGAGGAAACAUGGCGUUUUCGAAGGUGAAGGUUCUUAGCACUUUUCUUAACUGGAGCCUUCAAUCACCCAAACCCCACUGCCUUAGAUUUUUCUCCAGUUUCAUCCAACCUCAGUUGCAGAGAGUUGGAUUUAUUGGGCUUGGAAACAUGGGGUCACGUAUGGUGAAUAAUCUUAUCAACGCAGGAUAUGAAGUCUCUGUUCAUGACGUCAAUUCUGAUGCAAUAGAGAAAUUUUCCAAGAAGGGAAUUCAUGCUAGAGAAACACCAUUCGAAAUUGCUGAGUCAAGUGAUGUUAUAGUGACUAUGCUACCUUCCUCAUCUAGUGUGUUGGAUGUAUAUACCGGACCAAAUGGUUUGCUUCAUGGUGGAACACUCUUGAGGCCAUGGUUACUGAUAGAUUCUUCGACUAUUGAUCCACAAACUUCUAGAAGGAUUGCUGCAAUUAUUUCCAAACAUACGUUGAAAGAGAAAAAAGGUUCUCUAGAUGUCCCCAUGAUGCUGGAUGCUCCUGUCUCUGGAGGAGUUGUUGGUGCAGAAGCCGGAAACCUGACUUUUAUGGUUGGUGGUCCAGAGGAGGCUUACUUGGCUGCAAAGCCACUGUUUCUUGCAAUGGGGAAACAUACAAUCUAUUGCGGUGGAAGUGGUACUGGGUCCGCAGCAAAGAUCUGCAAUAAUCUGGCAUUGGCUAUAAGCAUGAUUGGGGUCUCAGAAGCUUUUGCUCUUGGUCAAUCGCUAGGAAUUACAGCGAACACCCUGACAAAAAUAUUCAAUUCCUCAUCCGCCCGGUGUUGGAGUAGUGACAGUUAUAACCCUGUUCCUGGAGUAAUGGAUGGUGUGCCUUCUUCAAAGAAUUAUGAUGGGGGUUUUUCAUGCAAGCUUAUGGCUAAAGACUUGGGGCUCGCCGCAGCAGCAGCUGAGGACAUGCGUCUCAAUUGUCCUUGGACUCGUCAAGCUCUACUUACGUAUUCAGAGCUAUGCAAAGCAGGACAUGAAGCAAAAGACUUCUCGUGCGUAUUUCGCCACUAUUAUUCUGGUCAUGACGAGAAUUUGUAGUCUUUUUAUCACUAUGUUGAGGGCUAGUUUGAAUGACAUUUAAUUUUAUCUAAAAUAGACUAUCUUAUCUGAAAUCAGUAUCUCUAAAUAAUAUUAUUACAUUAGAUGUUUA